UUACGUAAACUUUUGACCUUUCAGAGAUUGCUGAGUCAGCUACUUUCUCGGCCUCUGCGGUGCUUAGAAAGACAAAAAUGCAUCUUUCUCUGUGUUUGUUACUCUAGAUAAUUUUAAAAUGGCUGAACCUCACACAGAUGAAGUCUUUGAGUAUGAAGAUGAGCAGCAUCAAGCUGAAGACGAGGAUGAUGAUGAAUCGUUCAAGGAGUUCUUUGAUGCUUUCUCAGAGAAGGAUGCAAUUCUUGAGCCAGGGAUUAGCAAAACAUUUGAGCAAUUCCUGGACAAUGAUGGCGAUGAGGAGAAGGGGAUUCGCGCUCUGGCUGGUAGCUACGUGGGACUCCCGAAUGUGGUGAACGUGAUGAUAGAGUGGAUGCACUCAGCCGGGUUUAGGAAGAGAGAGAUUCAUGGAAUAGUGGAGGAGCACUUGAAGACACUCAUUAUGAAACAUUUUGACCCCAAGAAAGCUGACAUGAUAUUCACUGAAGAGGGUUCUACUCCGUCCUGGUUGGAGGAAAUGAUUCAACACAGCUCAUGGAGAGAGCUGUUCUAUCAGCUAGCUGAACAAUACCCUGAUUGUCUCAUGCUCAAAUUUGCAAUGAAGCUCAUCUCAGAUGCUGGUUUCCAGGGAGAGAUAACAAGUGCUUCAACAGCCUUCCACCAACCAGAUGCAUUCUCAGGCCUGGUACGAAAUGUGAUUAUGAAGAUAGCAACUUGCAAGACAGGUGAUGUUCACAAAGGAAUGAGGGAAUUCACCAAUCUUGUUGUGCACAACCAGCAGACAUACCUUUACUCACAAGUUGUGUUACAUUCUCUCAACUCGACUGAUAGUAUAAAAAAUCUCCAAUUAUGGGUACGAGAGGAGCUGCAGAAAGACGCUCAAGGAAGAAAUCGUGAUGUGACAAAUAUGAGUCUGUAUUUUCGAGGAGUGGGUAGCCAUGAAAAGUUAUUUGAAGCUAUGGCGGCCAUGUUAUCUCGGAACGCUCUCAAUCCUGCUGACAUGUCCAUCCUGUACAAGCACUACGCUGACCAGAGCAGUUCACCUCCCGUUCACUACCUGCAUAUUCCGCAUCUCCUAGAGCUUCUGAUUCAGGCUUUUUUCAAGCCAGGCUCUUCUAUCAACCCCGACCACAGGGACAAGUACAUCUUCAUCCUGGCCUACUCUGUGAGUGUGUACGAGCACCAGAUGAUUGGAAACCCUUGUCUAGAUGACUUGGAAGCUACAAAGAAGGCGAUUGAGACUGCUCAUGUUAUCUGCUCCAGAGCAAACGCUUCACACGCUGAGCUCCAGGUGGAGGUCCCCACGCUGUUUGAAUGUGUCAAGUAUCCAGUGGUAGCCAUGGGUGUGGUCCGGUGGGUGGAGCACACUCUACUGGACCCCAUGUUCUUUGAAGAGGCGGCAGAGAGCUCAGCUUUGUUCCUAGUACUACUGGAUGAGGUUGCAGCUUGUCAUCAACUACAGCAUCCGUUCAUUCUUGAGCUGCUCAAGAAACUGACAGAAGGCUCCUAUCCGAUGCUGGAAGUCAGCGUUCAGAUGGAGUUGAAGAAGAGCCUAGUGGAUCAUUUGGUGCACCUGCUGAGCUGUGGACACGUGCUCCCUGUAGUGCAGUACAUUGCCCAGUGCAUGGAGAUGGGCGCCCUCGACCAGUCACACAUCAGACACUUUGUAACCGAGGUUCUGUUAAUAGUUGGAUCUCCAUACUCUGUGGACUUUGGCAGUGCCUUUCUGCCCUUGGUACAGAACCAGGAGAUCACAGCUCCCCUCACCAACACUGACAUGACUGACCCAGUCUCCCUUUUCUUAGCUGAAUGUUCACGAAAGUCGAAGAAAAAGAAAAAACGUACAUAGCUGUACUUUUUUUUACGACUACAAUUCGUAUAUGUGAUAAAUUUUUUCUCAAUCACACAAAUAUUAUACUGUUUCACAUAAUCAUUUCCGAUCCUUAAUUGUUUCAAUGGUGACAAUAAAAUUUUAAUGAGUAUG